UUUUUAUCUCCUCUGUUGCGUUUGCGUCGUUUGUUCUUAUUGUUCUGCAUUUUUAUGGGUUGUGAGUUUAAUUCUGAUUAAUGGCUUUGUCUGGAGUUGGGAAGUGCUGAAAGAAUGUGGUUCUUAUAAAAUUAAUGACCUAAUUUAUUGAGAGAUGAACAAGAACACUGUUUCUGAUGCCCAAUUUUAUCCUUGUGUUCCGAUGGAUCGUUUUCUGGGCCUUUUGAAUUUCUCAACCUGUUCGGAUGAUGAGGUAGGCGAAAGUGGUAGAGUGUCCAAUAUGGUAGGGUUCCCUUCAACAUCGUAUUGAGUUCAUGGAUGAUCAUUGCAUUCCCAGGAGGAGAUAAGGUGAGAAUGGCGAUGGAAGGAGUUGCUUCUAUUGCACUUUUGCCUUGUGGCUCUGUCUCUGGCCACUUCAUUCAACUUCCUCACUUCGUCUGCUAUGGCCUACACGGCACCGAAUUGGAAUGUGAAAGAGAGUGUAGCCGAGGUGAGGAUUACCGCUUGAUCAAGCUCACAAUUACGAACUACAAUAACAAGCAAGAACGAACCGUCGUUGUUGAACGUAGAGGCCAUGAUGCUGCACGGUUUCGCAGCAUCGUUCAUGCUCAUGGUUGGGAAGAGGAUGUAGUGAAAAUGGUUGAAAAAAAGCAUGGAAAGAAUGACAUAAUGAUUUCGUUCGAGUGUCAAACGUUGAAGUCUGAGCAAGCGGCUGAGGAUCAUAUCAGACAGUUUAUUCCCAAAUUAGUAGGACAAGACGCUGUGGUUAACGUGGGGCCAAUGAGCAUCAGAGGAUUGGAUUUUGAAGCAGAGGAGCAACCAGGAGAGUGAUGCAACAAUUGGAAACAUUUUGAAUAAGACUUUUUUCAACCCAUGGCUUGUAAAUCAAGGUCCUUUAACCCAGACUUACAACAGAAUUUUUAUCUUUAAAGUCGUUUUUCGAUCAACAACGUCAUUAACUUAAAAGAGAAA